UUUUCUUUGGACCGAUCUGUGAUAUUGAAAUGUUCAGUUUUUGAUCGAGACGAGCUACGCGAUUGCAUCUGCAGUUUUUUUUUACUUAAUCAGUCUGUCGUAAGAUAUGUGGAGAAAAUUUGAAAGUGUUUUUCAUUGCUAGAUCUUUAGAGAAGUUAGCAGAAUGGUCAAAGAUCGUCUAAGGGAGCUCUUGGAGAACUGCAACGUAGAAGAGUACAAAUUCGUACAGGAGCAUGAGUUUAUGACCCUGUAUCUCCAGGAUAAGGUCCUGGAAGACCUGGAAAAGUUUGCAGAGGUUUCUGAAUGGAUCAGGAAGCUGCGACGGAACGUUCUGGACAUCGAGGUGAACAUCUUCUGCGAAGGCUUCUCGAAGGCCGGCCACAAGCUGAAGGAAAAUGCUAACCUGUGUUACAAAAUUUACACCUCGGUCCGGAAGAUGCAGGCCGACUUCGAGCGAGGGGGAGUGCGCCCAAAGAUUGAUGACGAUGACGAUCUUGUUGCCAGGGUCCGAAGCGUUCAGUUCGAGGGCAUCAAGAAGGAGUACAUCAGUGCGUACUGGAAGUACCAUUCGGUGAUAAGACGUUACGAGGAUCUCGUAAGUCGACCACAUCUGAUACAAUCAUCCCGCGAAACGGUUGCCUCGCUGGAAACGGAACCAACCGAUGCGCUGCUGCUCCAGAAACAGGUCCGAGAGGCGUAUCCGAGUGCCAAUGGAGCACCGCCCAAAACCUACUCGGAUCCGGAACUUGCCUCGGCCCAGAACACCCUGCACCAGAUGGAGGAUCGCAAACACGAGUUGAUGCUCCUGGAGAAAUCCCUGGUCGAGAUGCGUGAUUUGUUUGUACUUUUUUCGACCCUAGUCAUGGAACACGGGAGUUUGCUGAACCUGAUCGAGGGAAACGUGCAGCUUGCUUCCGGUCAUGUGUCGAAGGCGGUUCAGCAUCUGCAAACGGCUCGGGAGUUCUCCUGGAGGGCCACGGCGAAUCGGUGCUGGUGCUUUAAUAAAAUAACCUUAAUGUUAGUUUUACUCGGUAUACUAGUGGCAGUGGCUGUUGUUUUGGCUCUGAAAAAGUUCCUUUUUUAAUAAAAUGA